AACCAAGUCUUUGCUGAGGGGCUGGCUGCAGUCUUCAGUGGAGCGCGCGGCCUGAGAGCGUAUGAUAAUGGUCCUCUAAGUCUACAGCUAACUGGACACACUUUUAUCGUGUUGUAAGUAUCGAACUACUCAACAUUUUUAAGCGCAACCGAAUUAUGACUGGAGUAUUCGACCGGAGGAGUGUCAAAGAUUUCCAGAGCUCGUUCCACAUCUCCAACAUGCACCAUCCGUCUCAGGAAUCCCCCACUUUACCGGAGUCGACAGCCACGGACUCAGGGUACUACAGCCCGGGGCCCGCCGCCUCCACGGGCUCCGCGCACGGCUACUGCUCCCCUAGCCCCACAUCGUACGGGAAGCCGCUCAACACGUAUCAGUACCAGUACCAGAGCGUCAACGGAGCGGCCGGGAACUACGCGGCCAAAUCCUACUCCGACUACGGCGCGUACACGGCAGCAGCUUACCCACAGUACGGAACUUACAGCCGACUACCGGGGCAAGCCAGUCCGCAAGCAGACAAAGACUUGGCCGAGCCGGAGGUGCGUAUGGUGAACGGUAAACCCAAGAAAGUGCGGAAGCCCCGGACCAUCUACUCGAGUUUCCAGCUCGCCGCGCUGCAGAGGCGCUUCCAGAACACGCAGUACCUGGCGCUGCCGGAGCGAGCCGAGCUGGCGGCGUCCCUGGGCCUCACGCAGACACAGGUGAAAAUCUGGUUUCAGAACAGACGCUCCAAAUUGAAGAAGAUCAUGAAAAACGGCGAGCUGCCCCCGGAACACAGCCCGAGCUCCAGCGACCCCAUGGCGUGUAACUCCCCGCAGUCCCCGGUCGUGUGGGACUCCCAAAACGCGAGCAGGACGCACGGUUUGCCUCCUCAGAGCCUCAGCAGCAGCACCCCGUCUCACUUUUUGGAAAACUCGGUAUCAUGGUACAGCUCAGCGGCCUCUACCUCCGUGCCCUCGCAUCUGCAAAGCCCCGACUACUUACCGCACUCCCUGGCGCUGGGAGCAGGGACGUUAUACUGAACACAGACUGCGCACCUCCCGUGGACUCUUUCACAUUUCAGAGGAAUAUGCAAUGUAUGUGAUGGUCAUAGGAGCAAACGUGUCAAAUGUGUAAAUGUGUGCAUGUAAUUUAUUGCAUUUUGGAAGACUAUUAAACGUUUACGUGGACAAUGA